CCGCUGAUUUCAUCCGCCAGAGGUCACGUCGUUCGACCCCUAAUACUCAGCUGACCCGUUCAAUAAGUUUGAGAAAACAGUGGUAAUGUCUGGACGGUUGUCCUUUCCAAGCUGGACAAAGCCACGAUCGGCGCCUGAACAGUGCUAGUCGGCGCCAUGAACCGUCACCAGGUGCUCAGCGGCGCCUGCAACGCCGGCGACCACUGCUUCGCCGUCGGCUCCGUCGAAGGGGUCCCUUUUACGGCCUAUGCCGCUGGGUGCAAUAUUGUGAUUUUGGCCAGCACAUUCGAACGUGUGCAAAUCAUCCCCGGUGCGAAUUACAAUUAUAUACGGAUCAGCUGCAUUGAUUGCUCGACGGACACGGGCAAAAUCGCAGCCGCCUAUGACAACCAAGUCAUCAUUUUUGAGCCAACCCCUCUGCUGCAGAACACCUUUUCCCACCAACUGGACUAUCGAUGGGUUCAGACGGCCACCCUGCAAGCGGACUCGGCCAUCAGUUCCUUGUCUUGGAACAUGGAAGGCACCAGACUGCUCACCGGAGGAGAAGUUCUGCAACUGUGGCACUUUUACCCUCCUCUCUCGGAAGAUGAUAACAAAGUCACGUUUGAGAUUGGAGAGGAAGUGAGCGAAAACUCACCUCCUCAGGCCCACAAUUUCUCUGGGGAGCAGCCAGUCCCCAGCUGGGAAUGUGUAUGGAAACAGAAAACAGCCACCCCGACAGUGCACAUGGCCUUCUCGGCUGAUGGCACUUUGUUUGCCACUGCCGGCAAGUCUGACAGACUGGUUAAAAUUUGGUUCGAACAAAAACCUUUGCUGUUUCCUUCUAAAAGCUCUGAUGGACCUCCAGCGCACUCUAUUAAUGAAUUCACCUACGGAUUUGUCUACAUUGCUCACCCGAGAGCUGUGACCCAGCUUUCGUGGAGGAAAACCAGCAAAUAUAUGCCAAAGGGCUCUGUAGCCAACAUGUUGAUAACUUCAUGUCGAGACAAUAUUUGCCGAAUUUGGGUGGAAACAGUAUUACCUGACGACGGUCUCGUCAACAUGAGCCAGUUUGAUCCGCUCGCGGCUCAAAAUCCAAAGUUCCGCACCCACAGGCACAAGCACCGCUUCAUGCAAAGGCUGAAACAUAUGAAGACGUGUUUCCAUAUUCGUCGAAACGCUAAAAGCCACAGCUCAUCCCCAAGCAUGUCUGGUCCAAUUCCAACUUUGCCUUCAACCUUCAGUGUGCAUGAUUUCCACAAUUACGGAUUCCAAGGAACAGGACUCACAACUGGACUGCAUUUCCACUUGGCCGCAAGCAUUAAUGCUGAAACUGAUAUUCCACUUGUUCCGAGUUUGAUUACUGCUGAUCCAGACCAGGAACCAAACUUCAUUUUGCACUGGCUGAAUAACAAAGAAAUGCACUUCACUCUACAAGCAGAAAAUUUGCUUCAUGAGCUCACAAAGAAAGCCGAGAAAGAGGAAGCAUAUGAUCAACAAGAUAAUGCUGGGUUUGUUGAUGACGAAAAUGCUAUCUCAGCUUCUUCUAAGCCAAAAGGAAAGUUAAUUAAAGGAACGUCACAAGACGAAAGCAACAGUGAUGAAAUAAGUCAAGGCCAUCCCCAUGCUAGUGCUCACUCAGGAGGGAUUGCCAGCCAUACAAUGAGUAAUGCCACAUCACUGAAUUCCUUGGCUACGGAAACUGCAGCUCCUGGGGCUCUUCCUGCUGGGGACCCACUUGAUAUGAGGAUUGAAAGUUUGCUUAAAGACUGGCACCACGGGCCUGAUCUACUUUUCUCCAUCCACCCCAUUGAUGGAAGCUUCCUGAUUUGGGUUGUCGAAUGGCUGGAUGAGUAUCAUGCUGGAUCUUUCCGUCAAGCCCAGGUGUCCUUCUCAACUCGCAUUCCAAAUGCAUUCCCAUUGGGCGAUGCUAUGACCAUGUCGACAAACAUCAGUCUUUUCAACACCUGCCAGUCUUUGGCGCUACGAAACUUGAUGAAGCCACCUCCUCCGAGAACUAUUCCCACUUCAGCUGCUGGAAUAAUUUCCUCGGAAGGACUUAACACUGUAGAGGAGCAGCCAGAGGGCAAUGAUGAUGAUCAAGAAGAAAAUGAAGAAAAACCAACAGCUUCGACUGAAAACUUGCAAGAGCAGCAGAACAACCAGGAUCCAGAUUUGGACACCAGUUUCUCAGAUUUUCUCAAUUCCACUCCGUCGCCUGUCAUUUCAAUGGUGUCAAAACACAAGAACGGCACUCUCAACCUCUGGCAACUCACAUUCUCUGACAAGUCAAAGUUCAGUCAGGUUUUGAGUAUUAGUCACAACUCGAGGGCAUCAGGCCACCGUUUCAGAGUGAAUGACAUCACCUGCCACCCUGUUCUGCCUCUUUUACUUACCACUUCACAUCACAACAUCCCAGAAGUUACAACUCCGAACAGCAAUGGCUAUGAUUCGCCUCAAGAUAAUCAAAUCCAGGAUGUUUCUGUUCUGAGUGGCUUCUGCAGUGAGCUGAUUUUGUGGCGAGUUGAUGCAGUGGGGCCUUUGUCAAAGUCAGGAGGAGUUUCAGAACUUGCCAGGAUAAACUCGCCUGAAAUUUCUGCUUUUUCUAACGUUGCUUGGAUUCCUACUCUUUUGCCAAGCACCACCUUGGGAAAUUUGUCCAACUCUCCAAGCGCUUGCUUUGUUGCCUCAGAUGGCCAAAGUUUGCGAGUCUACCAAGCUGUUAUUGACGCCAGAACCUUACUGGCUGAAAUCAAUAGUUCAGAACGGAGGAGCAGAAUGAUGGAUUCCAUGAUCAGUAUUUCAGAGGAGAGUUCAAUGGACGACGGAGGCAAACAUACAUCCCUUCACAAUAAAAUCAAAAUUGUUUCUCAGCAGUCAACUGCUCGGCCUGGAUGUGUCAUUCAGCUUGAUCCCAUUUCAGAUGCAACACAUGAUUGGCAAAACACUCAGUUUUUGCAUGUGUUCCAAGAGCAACUCAUUGUGGGCCAGAAAACUGACCCAGUGGAUGGUAUUUUGGGUCCAGAUUUAGGUCUUAUGGAAACCCAAUUGGGAGCCAUGGUUGAUUUGCAGCAAUCUGCCGUCUUUGAAGAGCCGUUCUACAUUGUGGUGAUGGAGAAGAGCGCCAAACACACGUUGAUGCACAUGUGGCGGCUCGUAAUUGCCUCUCAGCCAGACAAUCCUGAAUUCUGCGGAAGCAUGAUGUAUGUUCCUGACAGUCAGCUGACUCAGGAUGAUGGAGAGGAGGACUUGGAUCACCACGUUGGUGCAAGUCACGCCAAUCAUGAACCAAGCAGGACUUCUGAUCAACAACCAGAACAGCCUCCGACACAAACAUCUCAUGUCAUCAUUUCAACAACAAAAGUCUGCACACAAAUUCUACCAUUGCCUGAAGAUGUCGAGGUUAUCCAUGCUGCUCCAGCUGCUGGCCACCUGAGCUCAGCUUCGAUUUACCCUGCUUGCUUUGCACCAUACACAAUCGUCACAGCCUGCUCCGACAAUGCUGUGAGAUUCUGGAACUGUAAGGUGACAAACAAAAAGGAUAAUACAAAAGACUAUGAGUGGUGUGAGUGGGAGAUGAGACGAAAGGACAAAGAAUCUACCGUGGAAAUUGCUGGUAAACCAUUGAAUAUCAGUGUGGCAUACAGCGGUCGCAUUGCUUGCGCCUACAAGUACGGAAAGUCCUUUGCAAGACCAUCUCGAAAGGAUCCAAAUGCUCGUUUUGUCAACAUGUGCAUUGCCAUUUAUGAGUGUGAAAGCACAGGUGGUUCAGAGUGGGUUCUAGAAGAUACAAUUCACCUGAAGAAUAUCUAUGUGCCAUACCUGUCUGAGCCAGACUUGGACUCAAGUUUGCAUAGCGCGCUGUUCAAAAAGAGGUCGCCAAAGACGAUGUUCGACGACACCCUUGGAAAACCUAGUGAAUCUGCCAUACCUUCUGUACCGAGCUUCAGCACUUUGCACACACUCCGAAAGUCCAUUUCCGAGAAGGGCAAUGUCUGUCCCCUGACGCAGAAGCACCUUGUCCAGCUUGAUUGGGUCUCAAAUGAGGAUGGCUCACACAUUUUAACUGUUGCCGUUGGUAGCACUGUGAUGCUCUUCACCCCAGUUUCGAGUGACUUGGCUCAAGCUAACAUGAAAGCCAUGAAAGAGUCGCAAUCGACAAAUAGGCCAAUUCUGCGGAAGGCCUCCUCUUUGGCUGCUCCUAACUUUGUAGACGAAAUCAGGUGGAUGAAGCUGAGGAAAAUUGAGCUUCACACUGCUGAUGGCCUUCCUGCCCUGCCGAUGCAAAUUUCUUGGGUGCGAGAUGGCAUUCUCGUCAUUGGCAUGGACAGUGAAAUGCAUGUUUACUCUCAGUGGAAGCCUUCUUUUUCCAUCACAACAGACAACCAGCUUCAACAUCAAGAAUCGGAGGAAGUCCAUGACUCUCGAAAGCUUAAGGAUGAGCAGCUUCUUAGUUUGGCACAGGAAAGUUCUCAAAGGCAGUUAGCAAACGUCCGGUCAAUGACUCAUUUGACACGCGUCAGCUCAAUCUUAGGAACAGUAGCCGAUAAGAAGAAACGAGCAGGUCAGGCUGAGCCAUUAAGCAUGGACUACAUGCCCGACUACGGUCUUUUCGAGGCGAGUCGCAUUGCAUGUCCAGUGUUACCACAGUACCAUCCUAAGCAGCUUAUGGAGCUUCUCAACUCUGGCAAAAUUCGCUGGGUCAAGGCAAUCUUGGCCCACCUGGUCAGGUGCAUCUCCAACACAUGCUCGAACCGCCAGGGCUCUGUCAUGCAUGCGAGCAGCACAGAUGAGGAAAGCAUCUGCAAGCAAAAAGGCUGGUCACGGUCAAGAGCUCUCUCUGUGAGCUACGCACCAGGAGGGACAACAAGUCCUUUGGAACCUAGAGGCUCAACGACUGCCAUUCCAGAGGAGCUGAUGCUGGAUUAUGCAGAAAUCACAUCCAUUCCACCGUUGCCUCUGUGGACUUUACUAGCUGCUGACAAAGAAACUCCAAGUACUGGAAAACACACAACUGAAGACAGCCAGAACUACAAUGAUUUAUUUGAUGCCAAUUUGAGUAUGGUGGACGAGUCUCUGGAAGAUAUCCUAGAGGUUGAGCCCAAUUCCCCUCACAGGCCUGACCGCCGCAUGUCAGUAUCUGGAGAGCGACAGGGACUUUCGCAUUUUGGCCCUCGACAAGGACGUCUCCUCUCCCGCCUUCUCACGCACACCCACUUGCCAGGCCUCUCCAGCCUUGAUCAGAUGCACUUGCUGGCUCUUGCUGAUACAGUGUCCACUUGCAACACAGACUUUGCAGAGAGAUUUGCCAUUGACGCUGCCAAGACCGCCAUCGCCAAGGAAAACCUAACUGGAAUUCCUGGAGAGGAACCCUCGACAGAUUCAUUGGAUGACUGCGGGCUGAGAUUUUUGAUGGCCAUGAAACACUUUUCUUACCUGCUGAAGUGCCUGGCACUUAACCAGAGAGCCCAGUUCCAAAAGCAGGGAGUUGGAAUGAACAACAUUGUGUGGGCGUUCCAUUCUGAGAGUGAAGAGGAGUUGCUCACCCUGAUCCCAUCCUACUCAAAAGGCACCCUCAGAUGGAACACUUUGAAAGAGCUGGGAGCCGGCUGGUGGAUGAGAAAUUACACUCUUUUGAGGACUUGCGUUGAAAAGCUUGCGAAAGCCGCUUACCAAUUGAAGGAGGACCCACUUGACGCAGCUUUAUUCUAUCUAGCUAUGAAGAAGAAGAGUUUGGUCUGGGCCCUGUUCAGAUCAAAGAGAGACGAGAAGAUGGCAACUUUCUUCUCAAAUAACUUUUCUGAAGACCGCUGGAGGAAAGCUGCCCUUAAAAAUGCUUUUGCAUUGCUUGGAAAGCAGAGAUUUGAACAUGCGGCUGCGUUUUUCCUACUGGCUGGUGCCAUCAAAGAUGCUAUUGACGUUUGUCUCAGUAAACUGGAAGACUUCCAGCUUGCCAUGGUAAUUGCCCGUCUGUACGAGGGAGAGUUGGAUCAAACUCCCCCCAGUUUGAAAAAACUUCUCUAUGAAGAGAUUUUGGGCUGCAAUGCUGAGGGGGAGGAUUACAACCCAUCAAGAGCUCACCCAGAUCCAUUCCUUAGAUCGAUGGCACUUUGGAUUUUGAAGGAUUAUACAGGCAGUUUGAACACGUUGCUGCACACAAACAUUGGCAGUAUGCACCCUCAGUACAUUGACGAAGACAAGCCUGACAGUGCCCACGCCAAUCCCAACGUGUUCAAUUUCUAUGUCUACUUGCGAACGCAUCCUCUGCUCAUCAGGCAAUACAUUGCGUCAUCAGCCCAAGACAAAAAUAAAGGACAUUCAGUUGUUAUAUCCGGCUUCAGCUACGGUGGCUCCGACUCUAAAUCAGGCAAACAGGACAAGCAGUUGCUUUUGGAAGAUUCGAUUACUCCUCUGGAAAGGCAACUUUACUUCACAACUGCCCAUGCUCACUUCAAGGCAGGAUGUCCUGCCCUGGCUCUUGAGGUGCUUUCAAAACUUCCCAACAAAGUGUUGGACUCUAAUGGAGAUGAUUCGCCAAAUAUGUUGAGCAGCCCAAUCAAAGUUAGGAAGCAAGACUCCCAAAUUGAUACAGGAAUCCUUGGUGAUCAGUCAGGAUGGGGAGGCUCGAGCUCAAUGGACAAAAAGGAUGAAGUAUUUGACUGGUCGCAACCUGCAAGCAAACCUAAGGAAGAGGAGCUCACAUUUGAUUGGUCUCAGCCUACCUCUCGCUUUGAGGAAGAACCGCUAGAUCUAGGAUUCGGAAAAGAUGAUGACGAGGAAGAUCUGGACGAGAGCGACGAUGAAAAGAAAAAGAAGGCAGAACCGAAACCGUCCACCACAGAUACCCUGGAAGAUGAAGCGGAGAGAGACCAGGAACUGAACAUUCCUCUGGACAUUAUGGCCCAGCAGCUGAAAUUUGUUGCUUGUCUAAAAAUUUUAAUGGAAGAACUUUCGACGCUAGCCACUGGUUUUGAAGUUGAUGGAGGUCAACUUAGGUACCAGCUGUACCUGUGGCUGGAGAGGGAAGUGGAGGCCUUGCGUCAACUUUGCAGCUACAGUGCUGGAGAGAAUGAUAUAGCAUCUGCAGAUGAGCUUUUGCUUGAAGAAUCCAAAGACGUGAAUUACACAACCACACCAUUCAAGGCUGGAGAAAAGCCGACAUUGCAUGAAAUAUUGAUGGCGGAGAAAUUGGACUUUGAGGCCAAAGUGCAGAGAGCUGCAAAGCGAAAAAAGUGGCUUAAAGCCAAUGAAACUUUGCUCCGAACUCUUUUGAGCUACUGCAGUCUGCACGGGGCGAGCGGAGGCGGUUUGGCCUCCGUCAGGAUGGAGCUUGUGCUUCUCCUGCAAGAAUUGCAGCAAGAGAAGACUCAGCAGCAACUUUUGUCUCCACUGCCCUUCCCAACAACUUUGCCUCUCUUGUCCGCCAGUGUGGCUUGUAACAAAACAGUGGUCGCUGACCCUGUACGCCACCUGCAGGCCAAGACCCAUGACAUGCUCCAGACGAUAAUCGAGCUUCGCUACCCACCAAUGCCCACCCGAAUCCACUUUUCCGAAGUUUUCGUCCUUCGAGAUUUGUCUGUCGCCCUCUCUGCUUGCAUUUAUCAGUCACUGUGCGACUCGGACACUUUCAGCGUCAAGCAGCAACAGGAAGGUAUUGGAAUGGAAACUCUUGCGAGACUGAAUGUUGUCACUCCGAGCAGCCAUUUGAUUGCCGGUCACGGUCGUAGAAGAAGGUACAGCAGUGACGAGCCUCUCCAGGUUACAACUCACCCUAGCAAAUGGCCAGGUGUCACAAACUUGAGAGCUUUGCUGGCUCGAGAAAAAGACGAAGACACGCCUAAAUUGAACAUACUACUUUGUGAGGCCUUCAUUGCAACGUACAUGAGUCUGGUGGUUUAUGCCAUGUCCACUUGUGACUGCAACAUCCUCUUCAGGUUGGUUGGACAGACUUUCUGUAACCAAACGUGGGCCUCUCUUUACGGAGGAGGAGUGAAGAAGCUUCUCCGAGUUGCUACAUCACAACCUGUAUCUCAGCAGCAGUCGCAGGGGAGCAUAGACAAAGAGGCGCCCCCCAGCACAGACACUGCUGGUGCAAUGUGGAAUGCAGUGACCAAUCUGACGAAGCAGCGAGUGCGACUCAACAUGAAGCUCCUGGGCCAGUUCGGCAGCCAAUCGGGCGCUGUGCCCAUGAAAGAGGACAGACCAACAUACAGGGAGCAAUUUGUUCCUCCUGAAAUGUCAAUGGUGUCCUAUUUCCUGAUCAAACCGCAAUCACCAGUGGACGCGGACUUCAUUGAUUACGACUCGGCAGAUUCUGCAGAGAGUGAAAUGGAGGAAGAGGAGGAGGAUGUCUUUGAUGAUUCAACCACCGGCAAUGAGAGGGAGGACAAGGACAACACAGAACACUCCAAUCCAAACAGUUAUGCCUGGUGUGUUUUACGACUUGCCAUCACUACCCUUGUGCAGCAUCAGCUAAAGGACUUCCUCAAUGUUGCUGGCAUUGAAUUGCAAGAACUUCCUGUGAGCAGUCCUCUAAUCCACGCUGUUUUGCGAGUUGUCUACCACUGGGUCGAAGUUCUCAAGGAAGACCUAGAAAGCAAAGGUGCCUCUCCAUCAGACUUUAUUCCAGGCUGUUUUGUUGACUCGAACACUACCUCUGGCCCAGCCAUCCACAAGUACAGAUCUCUCCUUGAAAAGUUCAACACCCCGUUCCAUCCGAAGCAACCUGCUGCUGCCCCUGCAAGACGCCUUUGGAGCUUCUUAGUGCGCCAAGAAGAGGUGCAGGACAUUUUCAUCCGAGCCGUUUUUGGUAAGAAGCGGAUGAUGACGCAAAUUUUGUCUGGUGAGCCCAUGAUGAGGCAGGAAGACGGAGCACCUGACUUCCACCAUUUGGCCUUGCCCGAACCAGUUCGCAUCAUCCACAAGGACCAGGACUCGAUCUCAUCGUUCUGCCUCAACGAGGUGGCCAAUGGAUUGUUGGCUCUGGCAACGCCCAAAGAAUUGCAGGAAAUGGACAUUUCCCUUCUGCUCGAGUCUCCUGCGUGGCUAGAAGAUGAAUGUGAAUUUGACAUAGUGAAUUUAUCAAAGGAACCUGAGCUGAUGCCAGCAACCAGCUUUUUAGUCAUUCAAACAGCCAGCGACAGGCCUCUGUUGUCACAGGUCUCACCGAAUAACACGGCCAACAAUUCGAGCACCUACGGUUCGUCGCCUGCAAACCAAGGAGGCAUGGCAGGCCAAACUGGAAGAGGAGCCUCAGUGAUGAAGGGGCUCAACUUCCCUGGGUCACACAACCCGCGCUUCUGUCAGUUUGUGAUUGACCGUAGCAGACACAUGCUGAAGCCGGUGAACAAACACAAAAUUGAUGGUAUACGAAGAAUGAGUGCCCACCCUCUGAUGCCAGUUUACCUGAGUGGUUCGCAAGACGGAUCUGUGCAAAUGUGGGAAUGGGGUCACACACAGCCAGUGGCGACUCCACGACCACCAGGCACGUUUGCCAAAGUUACCCGAGUGCGAUUCAGUCAGCACGGAAACAAAUUCGGCGUGGCCGACGGAGACGGCAACGUCAGUCUGUGGCAAGUGGGAAUCGCAUCGACCGUCACAAGGCCAUUCUUUAACUACCAGUGUCACAACAAGCUGACCAGUGACUUUGUGUUCCUUGGCUCCUGCAGUUUACUUGCCACCGCUGGUCACAGUUCAGAAAGCAAAAAUGUGGCACUCUGGGACUCGCUGCUGCCACAGAAAAAGGCUCUUGUUACUUCUUUCACUUGUCACGACCAAGGAGCCACAAGCAUAAUUUACGCACCUCAACACCAGGCCAUCAUCUCUGCUGGCAAGAAGGGUGACAUCUGCAUCUUUGACGUCAGACAGCGGCAGCUGAGGCAAAGAUUCUUGGGACACGAGUCAACCGUCAAGUGCUUGGCUCUUGAUCCCAACGAGGAGUUCUUUGUCACUGGCUCAGCAGACGGAGACAUAAAGGUGUGGAGCAUGUCCACUCUGCAACCGUACUUUAUGUUCCCCGGAGAGCACGCGCGCUCGAGCUUCUUCAAAAAUAUUGGCCAAGGCGUGACGCAGCUGCACAUUGACUCGAGUUCACGGCUCUUCUCGUGUGGCGCCGACGGCUCGAUGAAAGUGCGCCAACUGCCCGACAGAGACUUGGUUGUGCAGUCCAUCUAUUAAGUGCACGCUUGUAGCCCUGACUCGUGCACUUACUCUUUCGACAAUAUUUAUCUCGACUCAAUUAUUUGUUCCGAAUCAAUUCCGUAGCUAGACUGGGAUCAACAUGUUGUUGAAUUCGGCCUUGGAGUCCUUUUUUUGAAUUUUUUUUGUCCUUUUGUGGGAGGCAUUUAGGAAAUACAGUUGAUCCGAUGACAGAUUUCGCAUAAAAUUUCCUUUCUUAUACUUACUGAAAUGUCUCGGACUCUGCUCUUGUUGCUCUAUAUUGUUCAACGUGUCUUUCAAAUGAGAUGAAAAAAAAGUUGUGCCGCAAAAUAGUUCAGUCAGUUGCUAAGAAAUAUAUUGUCUGUUAUAAUUCAUGAAUAUUAAUUAUUAAUCAAACUUGCAUUUUAACCGAAAUUAUGAAUAAGAUAAAAUUGUGGUUUUUACGUGUCAAAAAUCGAGCUUUGUUGCUUGAUCGAUUUUGAAUCGGCAAAGUAUAUAAAUCAAGAUGAAAUUAAUAUAUAUUUCAAUAUUAUAUACAAAAAAAAUUGGCCUGCGGUAUUUAAUGAACAAAGAAUUAUGAAAAUCGUUUGUCUGGGUGUAAAUCGACAAUAUUAAAUUUUAAGCAACUUUUUCUUUAAAAUUCAUUUCUUGUGUUCGGAUCAAAUUUAAAUCUUGUGCGACGAAAGAGAAAAUUAACCUAAAAAAACGCGGUCACUUUGGUAUAUUGUCCCAAUUGCAACAUUUCCAUUAGCAAUAUUACACUGGAAAAAUUUAAACUUUAGAAGUUACUGUAGUCGGAUCUAGUGUGUAAGAUAAAAUAUGGAACCUGAUAUUCCACAGGCAAAAAUUGUAAAAAUCGCCUCGUUAUCUAAAUAAGAUAAAUUAUGAUAUUUAUAAAACUGAAAGUUAAAAAAAAUGUACCAUCACGUGUAAAAGAAAAAACGUAUUCAUAUUACAAGAGUUAUGCAGUUGGAAAAAAGCAGAUUUUCCUCUAGUCGCAGCAGUCAUUGCGUACAUCACGUAUUUUUUGCUUGUACAGUUUUUUUCUUUAAAAAAUGCGCGUAGGUCAAAAUACUUUUGCUAAUUAUUUUUGUGUUGUCACAUUCCCAGCGCAUUAUGUUUGGAAAAUGUACGAUAUUUUAGAAUUUGAGGUUUCAAAGGAAUUGUUAUUUUUGUUAUGUUAAUUUUAUGAAUAAUUAUGUAGCUGUAAUGUAAGGAGCUGAAAUUUGAACACGAUCAGUGCUGUUUUCUCUCCCUACCGCCGCCCUAUCCAUUGUGAUAUUUCUGUCUGUUUGCAUGGCUAUUUAAUUCAACUUUUAUUCAGCUCGUCAUUCACAACAAUUAUACUCUAGAAAUUCGAAGUAACCAUAGCUUUGGCAAUGUACAGCUCCCUAUGGUUCUUAUUAUCGAAGCCGAGUAAAUUAUUAUUCCGUAAAUAUUGCAAGAUGUUCAAACAACAUAUAUUAAUAAAAUGAGAGUAUCCACAGA